GCCUGGUAGUAGUCCAGGCCCACACGCCGGCCGAGCAGGCUGGGACAGUACAGCGCACAGGAGGCUCGACCAGCACACCGCUCACUCUCAGUCAACAGUCUUCGAGUGCCAGUGACGGACUGAAGAUGGAUAUCAGUGAUCAGGCCCGAGGUUGCCAGUCGUCGGAUCCGCUCGAAUUGAGCGCCGCCGUGGAGAGUUUGCCGGACGAGGUGCUGCUCAUGGUGAUGAAGUACCUCGACGUGGGGGACCUCCUCACUUGUCGCCUCGUGUGCAAGAGGUUUGGGGUCCUGGCCAUGGACCCGGACGUGUGGUGGCAUCGAAAUAUCGAUUGUGAUAGAGAGCCUUCUCGGGCGUGCGCGGUGCUGCGUCUGGCGCCGUGGCUCAACUCGCUGACCAUGGUGGUUCCCUACAGCUGGUGCAGCGGUUUCCAUCUGUACAGUACGAAAUGUGCAGUGGCAAGGCUCGAUUUAAAGAUACAAUCCUCCACCCUCUCCGGGUCGUACGACAUUAAGCACUACGUCAAAAGUCAAUGUGAUCUUGGCUAUUUAGUGGGGCUACAUGUGCACGUGAAUACACAUCUGGAUGCGUUCCCUGCCAGAGAGCUGCUGGACUUGUUGACGUCAACAGCCGACCUAGAGGAAUUGAGUAUUUGUAUAGGUUAUGUUGGCUCGUUGCUAACAAAAAGGCCCCAUUUGGAAGUCGCCUGCGGCCCUUCUCUGAAGUAUUUCGAGCUCGAGUGGCGGGUGUGCGACAUUGGGGACCGCCUCCCGCGGCCCAUCGAGGACGUCUGCAGGUUCCUGCUGGCCGAGCACGCCACCACCCUGGAGCAAGUCGUGUUUAGACGCACACCAGUCUUCGACCUGCACGAGCUGGCCAGCAUGCCCAACCUGCGAGCGCUGCACUGCUCGGCCUUCCCCGGGAUGAGGGCCUUGGCAGCGAACGCGUCGCUCAGGGAACUCUACCUGCUCGUGACGCCCGAGACGGUGGGCCCGGACACCAGGGAGUUUCUUCGCGCCGCCAACCAGCUGCGCGACGUCACUCUGGCGUUCUCCACCCUUAAAGACGACGGCAACGACGGCGCUGACAGGGACUACAUCUGGCAGCCCACCACGGCUGGAGUGGACCUGGUCCUGGACCUGGUCUCGUCCGGGCGGUCCAGCCUGGAGAGGCUGUGCAUCACAAACAUUGGUCUAUACUUUCCCCAGGAGCAGCCGCUGCUGCGCGCGCUACCCUUGCUGACGUGCCUGCAGCACCUGAAAGUGGAUUCGGCGCCUGACGAGCUGCUGCUGGGCAUCACUCCAACCACGGCCCCGGCCCUGCAGAGCCUCGUGGUGGACCAGACCAACUGGCCGUGCACCCACGCCUGGCUGCACAGGGAGGUGGUCAAGAAGCUUCUGUCGGUGAACCCAUCGCUGCAUGUGCAUGUAACCACCGAAUUUUCAGAUUGCGAUCCCCCGGAGUCUUACUGCGAGGUAUGUUCUGAAUAUGAAUGCCACCCCUGGCUGUGCAAGUCUGAGGCCGUAUUUUUUACGCAUGAUCCCGAAGACAAUUGUUCAAUGCCUGAGAUGCACGACGAUAGCGACUCUUGUUGCUACGUGUCUGAUGUAUCAGCCAUAGAAACUACUGUAAUCGUUGUCCGAGAAGACGACUGGACUGAUUUGCCGUUUGGUAAUCCUCACGCAGAAUAGAAUAUAUCAUGUAGUUAAUGAAGUUCCUUAAAUUCGAUUUUUGUCUCCUCUGUG